AUGAACACCGAACAAACCUCUCCUGAGCAUCUAGUUGUUUUUGACUAUGACACGGAAGCUGCAUCGCAGCCAACACUACCAGCAAGAUCGCAUGACAAUAGGAUUGUCAAGGACACGAAGGAUUCCGCUCCCGAAAAAUCAAAUUUCCGUGGCACCUUGUCCUGUGCCAUCCUUGUCCUCUUGGUCUUGGCAGCAACCGCGGUUGCUGUUUGGUUUGUCAUGGAUGAUUCCAGAUCCCAAAAGCAAGAGCAAAUCCAACCAGCCCAAUCCGAUGGUUUUACUUCUGUAAAAAGUCUAUCAUCCGUUGGUCCAGCAUUGGAAAUCAGUGGCAUCAAACCCCUUUCCAUUUGCAUGGGAGAUUGCGACGAAGACAGCGAUUGUGGCCCUGGUCUAAUGUGCUUUCAAAGGAAUGCAUAUGAAUCCGUUCCAGGUUGUUUUGGUGGUGCAAAUGAUGAGAGCCGAACUGACUAUUGUAUUCCUGUCGAGCUGCCUCAUUUGGUAAUCUCCGAAACCUUUCCACUUGGACUGUGUGAAGGAGAUUGUGAUUCAAACGAUGACUGCGACCAUGAUUUAGUUUGCUAUCAACGAUCUGGAUUUCAAGAUGUGCCUGGGUGUUCCGGGGGUUCUCUUGAUGGCAGUCGAACUGACUACUGCGUUCCCCGCUCCCUCGUUCCUGAAACCUACCUGAUUUCUUUGGGAGAGAAGCUCGUUGGGAAUCCAGAUGACAACUUUGGAUCUGCUGUGAGUUUGUCUCAAACGGAGCCCCUUCUCAUGGCUGUGGGAGCCGUGGAUCGUGGUUCUACUGGUUAUGUCAGCAUUUACAAGUUAGAAGCAGACGAUGCCUGGGUCUUGGCUGCGACCAUCCCAGGUGACGAAGUCGGUUCCGACUUUGGUCGUUCUGUUUCAAUGUCUUGGGAUGGAAAGUAUGUUGCUGUUGGCAUGCCCGAGAGCAAAGACAGCGGAAGAGUCAAGGUGUUCCAAUUGUCGAUGACCAAUUCAAAUGAGAUUAGUUGGAACCAAGCCGGCAACGAGAUUCCUCUAGGCCCUUCAGAGGAAUAUGGUGGAUAUGCCGUCUCACUUUCCAAAGAUGGUAGUAUUCUUGCCGUGACGGAACGAUACAGUUUUUUCACCCUCCAGAGAACCGAUUAUGGAGAUUGGGUGAUGCUUGGGUCGAAAGUGACUGUUGGAUCCUUUGGAGGAGACUCCAUAUCACUCUCUGGCGAUGGCUCUCGAGUCGCAGUGAAUGUCAAGCCAGAUGAUAUGUACCCUCCCGAUGGAUACGGCCGCGUCUAUGAAUUCAGUGGAACUGAAUGGACUCAGGUUGGAAAGAACUUGGGUGAUUUGACCAUCUAUGACUCUUUUGGCUUGGACAACAUCGACUUGACUUCUACUUCCUUGUCUGGUGAUGGUACCACAGUAGUCAUGUCGUGCAUUGACCGACGCACUGAAAAUAGUUAUGUGCGAGUGUAUCGAGACAUGGGAGACUCGGAAUGGGUACCGAUGGGCGACCCCAUCUUGGGCAAGCUGAACGAGUACGCCCCUGCGUCAAAGGUUGAGAUCAGUAAGGAUGGUGCAGUAGUAGCUAUUGGAGACUACGAGUUGGGACGAUUGCGAUUGUAUGAAUAUGACAGCCGAGUGAGUCAUUGGAUCCUUGUUGGUGAAGUACACGCUGAGAAUGAAGACGAUCAGUUGGGCAUCUCGUUGUCCUUAGCUGGUGGGAGAGCAGAAGCGUAUCUGGCAAUUGGAGGCCCCAACAAAAAACACAUCCUUGGCAAUCCUGGAUUUGUCGAUACCUACAAGACCACUUUCUCAAUUCGGCCGGAUCCAACCACUGCUCCAUCGAGUGCUCCAACCGAAUGGAUUGAUGGAAGUUCAAGAGAUUCAUUUCUCUUUUCACAUGGUCCAGAGUACGUUUGGUCAGGCCGAAAGAAUGGUAACAGCAACGAUGGCAUUGCUGGAAAUUCGGUGGCAUUGUCUGGAGAUGGAAAAGUCUUUGCUUACGGCUCCAGCAGUGAAGCUUGGCCCAAUAGAGUUGUAAUCCACGAAGACGAUAGCGAAGGGGGUCGGGACCCACGCCCUCAUGUUUCGGGAUCGCAGCUUGGCGAUGAGUUUGGAUACUCCAUCGCACUGUCUAGUGAUGGCCUCGUCAUGGCAGUCGGAAUACCCAACAGCGACGUCGGAACAGUUGAAGGAGCUGGAAGUGUCAAAGUAUACCUGUAUGAUCAUAUGACCAAGACUUGGACUCAGAUGGGCGGUGACAUUGUUGGGUCUCUUCUCAAAGAGUCGGGAAGAUUUGGCCAUUCCGUAUCGUUGAAUAGUAAUGGUGAAAUUCUUGCAAUAGGCGCACCAAGUUUGACAGCAGUCUCGACCUUUCGUUUUGAUAACAAUGAAUGGGUGAAAAUGGGUGAUGACAUCACUGUUUCCGAAGACAAGUUCUCAUGGCAUGGAUGGAGCAUUUCGUUGUCAAGUGAUGGUUUGGUGCUGGCCGCCGGUGGUCCAACGAACGAAGAGAAUUGGGAUGAAGCUGGAGCUUGUCGCAUCUACGAAUUUGUGAACAGCAACUGGCAACAACGGGGUCACCCAAUACUCGGCGAGCAGCGCCAUGGUCUGUUGGGUACAUCUGUCUCUUUGUCUGGUGAUGGCAACAUUGUGGCCAUUGGUGCAAUCAACUAUCAACUGCCUGAGGCGUACAUCAACAAAGAAGAAGACGUGUAUCACAAUGGCCAAAAGGCAGGGGCAGUGCUUGUUUUUGAAUAUUCCCCAGAGGGAAAUUGGAAACGUCUUGGCAAACCGAUCUUUGGAAAUGCCGCUUAUGAUCGUUCUGGCAUGAGCGUUUCACUCACGAAGGACGGGAAGAAGUUAGCCGUUGGAGCUCCAGAGCAUGGCGAAGGAGGUCAAGUCCGUCUUUUUGCUUUUGACAAGGACCAUUUGUACUGGGAUCAAAUAGGGGAUGCGAAGCGGUACGACUCUUUGGACGAUGCUGGGAAGAAUGGCGGCUUUGGGACAUCUGUUGCCUUGGUGGAUUGUUACGAUGGCUUACGAAUGAUGGUCGGUGCUCCAAGAGCCAGAGCAAGGUAUGGCGAGAUGCUCGGUCUCACACCAAAGUAUGUCGGAGAAGUCUCUAUCUACGACGAGUAA